ACCUAAAACAAAAAACAUUUAUUUUAUAGUUAUGGACAUCACAGACAACACAGGACAUGUACAGUUUAUUAGAAAAAGAGCGGAAAAGGUGACAGUUUUGACAAUUAGAAGGCAUACCAACAUAAGGAGAGAUAAGAAAUGGACAAUAGACAUAAGAUAAGAUGAUUUUACUAGAAAAUGUAGAGCCGUUAAAGUUUUAUAUUAUUUUCUUGUAUGUGUUUAAGAAGAAUUCCAGUGAUGGGAGAUAUGUGACUUGAAUGGAAUAAAUACUCUCUGUUUUGCUGUCACUGUCAAUACCAUACCAUUUGACAGUUUGCUUAUUGCGAGCGAAAUUUUCGCGAACAUACAAGGAUUACAAGGAAAGUACGUGUUAUUUAUAAAAAAUUAUAAUUAUUUUAGUGAGUUUUCGGAAGGAAGUAUGUUAGGUUCUGUUCAAAUUAUUUUUUAUUCAGUGUAAUACAAUAUGUCACAACAAUUGGCCAUAACAAACUUUUUCAAGGCGAAAGUGCAUCCAUCUCCAAAUUUCGGAAAAAAUAUGGACACUGUAAAAAGAAAGAAACGAAAUUUAAGUUUGGCUAAAGUUUCAACACCUACUGCUUCACCGAGCAAAAGGAAGAUUGAAGUUGAUAUAAGUAAACUUGGUGACGAUGACGACUUUUGCACACCAGUUAAAUCAAAGCCUCUGAGUCUCUCACAGAGUUCUAAUGACAGUGAAAAAACAAUUAUAUAUACCCCAUCGCCGAAAAAAUCCUUGCAGACACCCAUGAAAACCCCAAAGAGUUCUCCAAACCUUGGCUCAACUUCCAAAACUCAGACUCCAAGUGCCAAAGACAGAUUUUUCUCUCCAACAAAAAAUCGCAGUGUUAAGAAAAGAACACCUGUAAAGAGCAAAAGAAAUUUGACCAGUUUGCUUGGAAAUGGAGAUUGUUUAGAAAAGUCUGUGGAAGAAGUAUGCUUUGAAUAUGCUUGCGAAGGCAUGGAUGAUAAGACUGUAUUCCUCUUACAAACAAUAAACAAAUACCUAAAUGAUAGUACAUUAAAGCCACUCCUAAACAGCAGAGCUCAACAAUUUCUACAAAGUAGUCAGUCAGUGGCAAAGCCGGGCAUGAAGCUAGUCUGCAGACUGUUUUGGCGCAAAGACCAAUGGUUCCGGAGGAAACAGAUCAUGGAGAUUGUCAGCGAGGAUAAGGAACCUUUGGAUGAUUCCAGUAUGGAAGCAAUGAUUCUUUCAUUGACUCAAAGAGCUUGGUUGAAAGAGAGUAGCAACCAUAUGACUUUCAAAGAAUUGUCAUUACUAUUGAAAGCAGAAGAACUCAAGUUAAUUUGCAAGGACUUGAAGCUGAAAGGAAGCACAAAGCAAGAGGCAAUUGACUCAUUGUGGAGCUACAGCCGGCGCACAUCUACUAUUUGUAGCUUCUUCUCUAACGGCAAGGCUGCUGAUAACAGUGAAAGAGUUUUGAGAAUAAUGAGAGAAAAGGCGGGUUCCUGUUAUAAGUUGACAGAAUUUGCUAUAAAGACUCUCAACCAGCUGUACGUGCUCAUGUAUCUAGGCAUAGACUUUAGCCUCAUACGAGACAAGAAGUUUGAAUUGGCACUUAUCUAUGAUAAAAUAGGCAGAGAGCCAUAUCCUGUGGACCCGGACAUGGAACUUGACAAUGCUAGUGUAGUUUUUGAAAGCAAUGAUGAAUUUGAAAGGUACAUGACUGCACAUAAUGUGUAUGAGGAUUUUCUAGCUGAAACAUGCUCUGAUGAAAAGGCUUCCCUAGUCAAACAAGUUUAUCAGCUCUACAAAGCAAUAGACGACGAAGAAAUGUUACGUUACAAAUCCCUACCAAGUUGGCUUCGGCGCUUUACACCUGCUAAUCUCUACAUCAGAAUUCUAGACUCAGGCAUACAAGAUUUGAAGAAAACCAAAAGUGUUGAGUCUUAUGAACUCGCAAUAGAAAUACUGAGCGGCUUGAUAGAGCAGACUGCUUUCCGACAGCAUAAGAAGGCGGACUGGUACGCGGAGAAGGCGUUGAUUCUUCAUGGCUUACUUGGGAGGUGUGAUGAGGCAGCUGAAGUCCUAAUAGAAGGCUUCAAGUCCAGCUUAACCGAUGAAGAAAAAGACACGAUGCGCAACCGAGCCACCAGGAUAGCUCGGCAGAAGUCUGUAAAGGUUAGCGAGCACUUGAGGAAGGAGCUGCUGGAACACGCCAGUAAAGACGCUAUACUAGAGAAGAAUAUCGACGCGGAACACGUAUACAAACAACCUAUGGAGAACACAACGAAAGGCAAAGCAAGGUUUGAAACGAAAACUUCAGAAGGCAGGGUUAUUCAAAGUGUAGAAGAGUACUGUAUUACCCAUUGCAUCAGUACUGGGGAAUUUACUCAUGGCGAGCACUGGGAAGGGCGUAUCAUCACAACGAUGUUCUUCCUUUUAUUCUGGGACAUCAUCUACUCGAAGCCGCGCGGCGUCCACGGCAUCUUCCUCACUCACUUCCAAGUGUUCCCGCUCGACCUGUUCUCCGACAGCUUCUACACCAACCGGCAGGUGCUCAUCGAUGACAGGCUGCGGCUCAUUGAGAGUUCCACCGAGGAAGAGGUGUUGGAGAUGAUGGAGAACACUUGGCAAGACAGGCCUGAAGGAGAGAUUUCUGGUAUCAACCGCGCAAUAGGCUGGGACAACAUCAGCGCGGUGGCGGCGUGCCUCGGGCCGCGCGCGCUGGCCGCGCUGGCGGCGCGUCUGGCGCGCCACUACCGCUACGCGCACAGCGGCUUCCCCGACGUUACCCUAUGGAACGUGCAUACCAAACAGAUCAAGUUCGUAGAAGUAAAGAGCGACUCGGACCACCCGUCGAUGAAGCAGAUCCAGUGGAUGAAGUACCUGCGCGAGCACGGCCUGCACAGCGGCCUCUGCUACGUCGGCGCCCACACCACCCGCCAGCGCGCCCGGCCGGGGAAAAGGUCCCUGUGAACAUGUGCAUUAUACGACUACACUACUACUUGACCCACUAGAUUCGUUUCGGUAUACUGCGGAGUGGUUGAAGAUUUUGCGUCAGACUGUUAUAUAUACCAAUCAUACAUGAUUGAGUAAGAUGCGUAAAAACGAAGACAAUUUCGUGCUUCGAAUUUGACAGGUAAACGAGAUGACGCUGUACAGGUCCUUACAUUUUCCGGUAACUCUGUGAUUGUUUUGGAUGUCAAGGUAAGGGGUUUUUUUUAGACUCUAACUCUCUAGUACAAUCAAUUAUCUUUGAUACCUACUAAGUAUCAAUUAAAUACUUGAAACUUCUAAAAAUUCACAGCGCGACUAUCAUAACUAACCGUCUGAGUUAAGUGUUAAACUAUUCGUAAUUAGACUUAAGUACAAUAAAAUUCUUUACAGUCCUCACAAACUGUAUAAAUUGAAAAGAGACGACUAGUCUAUAUCGGGUGUGUCAGUGUUUCCCGUGACACUUCUAAAUAUGCUGCAGCUAUACAUUAGAAAACUCGCUUGUACAGGGUGAAAUUUGAUAUUAUCUUGGUUGCAACAUCAACCACUGUUGAAAAUUUACAAUAUUAUUUUUAAACUCCACUUGCUAUUGUUUAUUCAUAACGCUAAAAUGUAUGCCGCCUUUGAUUCUAUACGUGUACACACGUUACACCAACCGUGAAAGCUUUUAUUACUAAAGUAAUUUGUAUUUUAGGACCUUUCUUUGGCGAGAAACCCGGCCAUCAUUAUAAUGAUACGAGUCUAAAAGCAUACUAAAAAAACCGUAAAACCAAAUCAUUAUUUACAUAUUACUGCAUUUACACAUAGGGUAAACUAUAUCUACUAAUGACAUCCCUCUUUAAAAUGAUUUCGUCUUUCGACCUUGUUACUUAUUAUAAUACAGCAGCACGUGGUAACUUUCUUACAAAAAUGGGGUCUAAUGAGGCCAACCAUUUGAAUACCUUGCCCUAUAACCGUUUGGUUUUUGCGUUAGAAGUGACUAGUUUAACGGAAUGUUAAAUAGUAAAACAUAAGCAUAAUGGCAGUUCUUGCAUGCGCAAUAUUGAUUUGUAAUCAUAGUUUAUACAGGUUUUAACUGGUUCUAGUGACUUAUUAAUGUUAUUAAAGGAUACAUUAUUAUCAUUAUCAAGUUCCUGUUUAAUUUUAAAUACACGCAAAGUACACGUGAAAUUUUGUGAUACGAAAUAAAUAACUAUUUUUUAUA